UUUUGUCUUCUUUGCAGAUACCAAACUGUUCGACAACGGCUUAAAGUUGGAUAUUUCCAGCUAUCCGCACAUGAACAUCAGAAUGAGCACCAAGGGCAAGCGUCCGCUGCGGAGCUUGACACCUAGUGACAAGAUACAUGCCAUACAACGCAUACACGAUGGGGAGUCGAAGGCAUCUGUGGCUCGAGACAUUGGUGUUCCGGAGUCUACAUUGCGCGGUUGGUGUAAAAAUGAAGAUAAAUUACGUUUCAUGUCACGGCAGUCAGCCUCGGACAAAAUGGCAGCGGAUUCGCUGUCUGAAAAACUCGAUGGGUCCAGCGUGCUACUUGGCGGUCCACCAGAAAAACGUCAAAAGUUAGACUCAUCGUUGCCAUUGAACUUUUCCAAUAAAAUAAAAUUCGAUGAAAUGAACUUUAAACGUUCACCCAUCAAUGGUUUGGAUUACAGCACUAAUAAAGCUUUAACCGAUCUAAGUUUUGGUAGCUUGACACCUGAUUAUGUAGCAUUCAAUGGAGCUGUCAAGAAUAAAGUUUUUGGUGCUGAUAUAUCACGUCAAACUGAUCCUUCAAUUGCCGCUAUAAGCCCGCUCUCCAGCUUAUCACAUCUCUCUGGUCUGACUGGCAUCACACAGUCUCCCUUAGCCAUCAGUUUUAAUGAACUCACAUCAAAUCUCAAUUUACUGGCGCAAUUGAAUCCCGGCCUGGCUGCGAUGUCAGGUUUGAAUAGCUUAGCAGCCACUGCAAAUACCUUACGUAAUGUAAAAACCAGACCCCAACCACAAAGCCCGCACAGCGAAAAUAGCGAUCGUCAGCAAGGUAUCGCCGUCAAGAAUUGGGCCAAGCAAAAGCCUAACACUGGUUCAAGCGAAUCGAAUUACGGACUCAACUUGAGCCAAACUGAUAAAAACAAGAUUAAGUGUCCAAGUCCUUCUUUGGCACCAUCAAUCGGCGCUAACUUGCCGCCAUUGCCCACUAUCCCUGACGAUCCACUACUCUAUUGGUUAAAAUCACAGCAAGCAAUGUUAGGGCUCAAUAACAUAUAUCCUCCACAUCAAAUCGGUGCUACAAGCCCACCCAUCAGGUCAUCCACACCACAGCUGCCAAGCACACAUGCAAAUACACCACCUACUUCCACCCCACUGACACCAUCAUCCACUCCGUCUGGCAGUCUCGAUGACAAAAAUGCUGCCUGGUUCAACUGGUGCAAAGCAUUCGGCGCUAGUCUCAAUUCACUCGCACCAGCAACAGCAGUUGCUCUACAAACCAAUCCCUUGCAACAAUCACAAUCAUCUUCCGGAAAUCCAACUAGCUUAACUAAUCAGAAGCCACCUUUCGAAAAUAUUCUAUAUUCGCAACUGACAAAAGACACCAGUAGUCCAUCCCUACAAAGCACUAGUUCUGUCGACAAUAUGCACAACAACGAAGUCACUAGCAACGCCGAUUCUACCAGCAAACCCGAAGAUCUCUCAGCAAAGUCUGCGAAAACCAUCAGUCCAGCACCUAGUCUUCCAACUCCAGAUCAAAGUCCCACACAAACUCACACACCAACACCGAGUCCAACGCAUAGUCCAGUCAGGCGUUCCGAAGCAGACACGGUUACUAGCGCUAACGAGGGGAGUGCGGGCAGCGUUGCCGACUGCAAAGAUGUACUCGAUAAUUUACUUUACAAAAUAAACAGCAAUCCAAGUUCAGCAAUACCAAAAGUUGAUACACCCGGAAGCAUGGAAGUUAGCAACGAUUCCGAUCUUAGCUACAAUAGCGAAGGACAAACGAACAAUAACGAUAUUAGUGCAAAUAAUAAUAACAACAACAACAACUCCAACAAGACCGAUGAAGAGGAACGUAUCAAAUUCGGUGACAUCAGCGAUGAAGAUGAUGACGAGGCUAUCAAGCAUGGAGAAAAGUUCUUGAAAUGGUUGGAGAACUGCAGCAAUCCGCGUGUAACCAGUGUGCAACUAAUGCAGCUAAGAUUCUUGAUUGCCGCUGUCAAGUCCAACGCUGAUCCGAAAGCUAUUAAGGAGUGCAAUAACUUGGCUAGCACGUCACUGUCAGAAACAGAGGAUUCGGUUGAAGAGACCUGCCGCAAUAAGGUUCGUCGUCGUAAAUAGGAUCAACCAAAACUGGCAUCUACGGAGCCAAGGCAAACUGGUAAGACACAAAGCAACGACUUAAUAAAAACAAAAAUAUAUGCCCGCAAUUCAGAGAAAUUGCGACAGCUGCCAAGUGGUCCCGGCACAGAUGAAUUUCAACGCUAUCAUCACCAAUUCACCCCAGCCAUUUACCAAUCCUCUGCUACUCUGCUCAACUCGCUAUUCUUCCCGCCCUAUGAAUUUGUACAGUGCGACUUUCUAGAGGACGACCAAGAUGAUUGCCAAAUAACUGGCGAAUAUCAGCAAGUAAAUGAAAUUGACGAAACUUGAUCAAAUUACUGAAUAACAUUGACUCAUUUAAUACCACAUAAUAAUACUAUAAUAUUAUUAUUAUAUAAAAAUAUAU